CGCCGUCUGUUGACUUUGGGGUCAAGGCCCUGAAAGUGUAAGUGUGAUUGCAGUGGAUAGGCACAUUGAAUGUGAAAGCUACGUACCACCCACGCGCACCGUGGUUCUUCUAGAAAAAGUAGAGGCUGAAAAAGUAGAAGAAGCUCAGGCUGCGAUAUCUGUGGAUCAAGGUGAUGUGUUUGUGUUAGUACUCACAUAUUGCACAUCAUCGGAAGAAGCUGGGCAGUCUCAGCUUUCAGACACCGCCUGUUGCCAGUCGGCACGCGCAGAGGGUGAUCCAACAUGUGAUCAGCAACCAGCAGCUCGGACUGUGUCUUCCAACCCUCUGGGGGCCUGCGGCGGCGGCCGGCAGGGCUGAGCAGCCCCACCAUGGCGGGCGCCCGCUCCCGCCGCCAGAUCGUCUUGUUCCUGGCCAUGUUCAUCUUCCCCUUCGCGCUGAUCAUGCUCUUCAACCAGCCAGUGGACACCCGGCUGGAGCGGAACCUGGUGCAGCAGCUGGCUGAGCUGCGCGAGAGGGUGCAGCGCGCCGAGGUGACCAACAGAGAGCGGCGGCGAGACGUCAUGAUCCUCAACCACCAGAUCGACACGUACAACGGAAAGCGGGCGAGCCGAGCGCCGUCACCGCCGCCGCCGCCGCCUCCGCCGCCGCCGGCGGUGGUGGGGAACAGCACGGUGACGCCGUGGAAGCCCACGGCGCCGGCGCGGUCGCCGCUGCCCUCGGCCGCCCCGCUGGCGCACGUGCAGGAGCUGAACAGCGACCUGGAGGUGCCGGGCUUGCUGAACUACCUGCCGCACCUGCUGGGGCACCCGCACGCGCUGACGCCCGUGCUGCACGUGAGCCAGGGCCGUCGCGACGUGACGGUGGUCAUGGGCCUGCCCACUGUCAAGCGCCAGGUGCAGAACUACCUCAUCCCCACGCUCAAGAAUCUCAUCGACUGCAUGAACGCCGAGGAGCGCGCCCAAGCCCUGAUCGUAGUCCUCAUUGCUGAGACGGACUUCGAGUACUGCACCCGGACGGCCCGCGAGAUCCAGAACAAGUUCCCGGUGGAGGUGGACUCGGGCCUGGUGGACAUCAUCUCGCCGUCGGCCGACUACUACCCUCCGCGGGAGACGGUGCGACGCACUCUCGACGACCCGCUGGAGCGCGUGCAGUGGCGCACCAAGCAGAAUCUCGACUUCGCCUUCCUCAUGAUGUACUGUCGGCCGCGCGGCCUCUUCUACGUUCAGUUGGAGGACGACAUCAUGACCAAGCCCGGUUACGUCACGCGGAUGAAGGAAUUCGCUCUUCAAAAAAUAACGGAGAAAAAGAACUGGUUUCUCCUAGACUUCUGCCAACUGGGCUUUAUCGGCAAGCUCUUCAAGACCGUGGAGCUGCUGCCCCUGAUUCAUUUUCUGGUCAUGUUUAACAACGAUAAGCCGUCCGACUGGCUUCUGAUCAACCUGGUACAGACCAAGGUGUGCCGGUUCGACAAGAGCGCGAAGAAGUGUAAAGAGGAGAAGGACAAAGUGUGGCUGCACUUCAAGCCAUCGCUGUUCCAGCACAUCGGUACACACUCUUCCCUCAAGGGCAAGGUGCAAAAGCUGAAGGACAAGCAGUUCGGCAAGGUGCAGAUGUUCGUGACGCACGUUAACCCGCCGGCGCGCAUCGUGUGCGACAUGAAGCCGCAUAAGCAGUAUACGCUGGAGCGUGCCUACAAGGGCGAGACGUACUUCUGGGGCCUGCUGCCCCAGCCAGGGGACCACCUGGAGUUCCAUCUGACGCCGCCGGUCCGGCUGACCGGCUUCUACUUCCAAAGUGGAAAUCUGGAGCAUCCAUCGGACCGGUUCUAUAACACCACCGUCGAAAUCAUACCCGAGUUCCGACCCGAGGAGCUUCUGAAAGAGUACAAAACCACGCCGGAUGGCUAUGUGAUAGUGGGGCAUUUCAACGACCAGGGCGUGGCGGCGGGCGAGCUGGCGGCCGGCUGGGGUCUGACCAAGUCCGCCCGGCUAGCCGUGCAGGCCGAGAGCGACAACUGGGCCAUCCUGAGCGAGAUCCACCUGAAGACGAGCUAGUGCCGGCUGAGGUCGAGUGCAGCUCGUCAGCCUCCGGACAUCCUCCCGUUCCGACUGCUCAAGCGGCGCG